AUGGACCACAACAGAGCUGCCCCCAACCAGUUUGGGGCGCGGCCAAAUCGACGCGCUUCCGCUCAAUUCACUGUCGACCAAGAAGGACGCAAGCCGUUGUUCUCCAAGCCGUCGCGGGAGUCUCUGGGAGCUGGAGAUAAUGCCCAGCCGUCUUCAGGAGCAAAUCGAUAUGGCUACUCUCCCACAAACGCGCGCCCUCCCUCACGCGCAGCAGGAAUCCCACGCCCUCCUAGUUCUGCCUCUCCGCGACCACCUUCACGAGCCGCCAUUCCCCGACCAUCAAGCUCCCUCUCCCAAACGCCUUCAAUCGGAUCCAACCAGUCAGCCGAGGUCGCGUCUCCCGGCUCCCGGCUUCCCCGCCCCAAGUCCACGAUCGGAGUAUUCGCCAAGGGAAAGAUCCCCUCGGUUGCAGACGUAUGGCAACUGGCGGGCGAAGAGGAUCGGAUGAGCCCAUUGGACCGAGUUCGCAGAACAUCGCCUGCUAUUGAUGGUUCUCCUAGCCCCGCACCGCGCCCUUACAUCAAUAGGAGGGUUUCGGAUGAAGCCAAAGUACGACAAACAUUCGGCAAAGAUGCGGUCGACUAUAGCCGUCCGAGACCCCUUUCAAGACUCUCCAGCGACUCUUUGCGCGACAGCUACGUCUCGGGGCGCUAUGGCGGAAGCCCAGGAUCACAACAGAGCGCAUCCAGCUCUGGCAGUUUCACGCGUAGACUGAGCCAGUACGAACGUGAGAUGGACCAGUCGCAGCCAGAGAACCUCUUCAGCAGCACCAAGAUUGGACCCAACAUCGCUGAGACCGGCCGAACUUUGGCAAGGAAGACGAGCAAUAGCAGCCUAAACGGAGGCCAAAGCCUGGGAAGGAAGGCAAGCAACAGCAGCCUGAAUGGCAGUAGUCAAAGCUUGGGUAGGAGAACAAGCUAUGGCAGCUUGAGUGCCAGUCCUCGCCCUGGAGCUUUCGCCAAGAGCAGUGUUCCCGAGGGUUGGAUUAAGCAUCUCCUGGAUCAGGACGAGAAGGGCGUAAAGCGAAACAGCAUGGCGCAAUCGGACUGGCAAAACGCUGCCGACACACCUAUUCCGUCAAUCGAAGCCUUGGAGCCCACUCCUCCGACUUCUCGACCAGCUUCUACGAAUCCCGAGACAAAAUCCCCAGAAAAGAGUUACGCCUGGCAACUGGAUGCAGACUUCACUGCCGGAGACCUACAAAUUUCGGAUAGCCCUCGCAUAAGAAUGGGCGGCACAGGAUUUGAGGAUGCUUCGAACCGGCGACUUUCCACUGGCAGCGCAAACGGAGAGGACCCCGAGUUCAGUCCAUUCAGAAGAGAACCAUCCUUUGGGCUUACUCCGUCUCGGGCCACGCGAUCCAACACUAAGAUUGACGAGAUUCGCCAACGUGAGGAAAAGGCCAACGAGCAACUGGCGGAGUCGCGAAGGAGUCAAUCAAGAGCCAGGAACAACAGAUUAGAGGAAAUUCGCGAACGAGAGGCAGAAGCUGAGGAGGAGCUGGCUAGGACAAAGGCUCAAUCCCGCUCGUUCUAUCCAACACCCGAGGACUUGCCAAUUCUAGAAGAAGAUGAUGAUAUACCGGCAAUGAAAGAACAAGCGCGGCCUAAGAACACCAAACUUGACACUAUACGAGCACGCGAAGCUGAGUCUCUGUCAAAGAGAGCUUUAGCAGAAAGCCGUUUGGAAGAGAUUCGAGAACAAAACUCAAUGUUCAGAGAUCCGUCACCGGAGGCUCAACCUGUCGAAGAGCCGAUCCAAGAACCGAUAGUCUCGCACAGUAGGGAGCCCAGACUGUCGCUAAAAGAAGACAGAGGCGAACGUAUCGCUAACACACCUGUUACCAUCUACCGAAAAUCCUCCAUUUCCAAAGCAACCGAAUUGCAGACGGAAAAUGAAUCAGCUCGUAAUGAGUUGGCGAGCUUUCAACCGCCCUCGCGACCUCUUUCGACACACACACGGACUGAUUCUCGAGACUUGCUACAAAGACUUGCCAGAGCUACUAGCAGCAGUCCUGCCAGUAGUCCUGCUUCUAAGCCCGCAUCGCAGCCUGCAGAUAUUGAGAAGGCCGUGGAGGCCGUGAAAAUUGAUAAGCUUGAGAAUGUUGAACGCCCAGACAACAAUCCCAUCGAAGAAAGACCGAAAUCGCGUGUUGGGGAGAAGGCCAAGCUGAACGUGGAAGAGAGGUUCAGGCAGCACAAUCAAGAGAGGCUUGCUAGGCGCGAGCCAGAGACUUCUGGACAGUCGUCCGUCGAGAAUAAAGAUGAUGAGAAGCCGGCAAAAGAGGAGCAGGCCUCAAACAACGCACCGCUCGCAAAGGAGCCAGAGAAGACGACGGAAGCGCCGUCCAGAAAGCCGUACGCCUGGCGUCGAAGAAGCGAGGAUCGGCCCAAAACCACAGAACCAGAACAGAAAGUGGACGUCUCCACACGCAACCAAAAGGAUGAUUCAAAGGACUCCAAACCUACAGAUAGGCUGGUUGAUCCUCAACCCAGUUCAAAAGACGAGGCAAAAGCACAAGAGGCCGAAAGACCCAAGUCAGCUGGGCUGCGUCGGGAACGACGUCAACGCUCGACCGACUCUACUAAGGAUAGCAGGAAGAGUGUGGCCAUGUCGGACGGUGAUCCUACAGACCGCAUUGAGCAGGAAAUGAAGCUUUUUGCACCCGCUGAUAACCAAUCUGAAAGGGGAGGUUCUACCAGAGCGCCUUCGGCCGAGCCACUCGCCGAGACUGAUGAUAAGGACCUUCUCGCUGAUGAAACUCCUCGACCUCUCAAGGUUGACCCGCUGUCCCUCCCUACACCUAAAGUCACCGGUGCUUACGUGGAGACGCCCGCUACAGUUCGAGUCGACAGACUGCCGGACGAGGAGGCCAAACCAGCCGUCAAAUCUGAGACCAAGUCGUUUACAAGUUUGAACAGGUCAACCUCUAGCCGGAGAAGCUCUCGUGCAUCCUCACGAGCACGAUCAAACUCAAAGGCCACUGAGUCAGGGUCAGAAACCAGCGAUCAGAAAGAGCAAGAAAAGGGGGCCGCGGGCACAACGACAACGUCCACACUUCGUCGUCGCAAGUCUAUUCCUAGAUCUCGUCGACCUCUGAUUAAUUCUGUUAAGCCGCCCACUGUGAAAGACGAUCUUUUGGAGCUUCAGCGCAUUCAUCAGAUCGAGGACUCCACCCUUGACGACCUGGAAGAGCUGUUUAACUUACAACGACUUCCUUCCCCAGACAUUGAGUCGAUGCUUGACGAGAUUUCCAUCAAACGGGAAGAGGUCGCCACCAAACCCGACAUUACCAAGACUGAACGAGACCAAACUCUCGAGCAAAUCGACAGAAUGAGCAAGACACUCAAAGACGGAUUGCUCAAUAUUCGCAGUGCUAAGCAAGGCAUUGAGCGCUUGGAGGACAAGGUAUCUCAUGCGGAGGGCAAAUACAAAGACCUUACUUCCAUCACAAAGUCUGAGCAGGUAGUCGAAGAACUGCAAGAGCAGCAGAUCAAGUCAGCACUUCGACCUCAUCUUGAGUCCUCGCACAAGGGUUCCGAUCGCGCUUUCGAGUCUUCUUCAGCGAAAGUCAAUGUCAUCCAACUGCCUGUACCUCAUCUCAUUCAACGCAACCCCUUUCGCAUCACAUCCCUGGGUAUCAUCUGCAUUCUGCUUUCAAUAUGGUACAUCGCCGAGUCAGCCAUGUGCGAAAUUUACUGUCGCCCAACAACUUGCUCCACAACUCCUUGCGUCUGGUCAUCGACGGAUCCCACCUGGGGCGUUGCUCUUCCCGUGAAGAUUGAUGAGUGGGCCACGAACGGAUGGGGUCGCCAGGUAGCGCACCAACUAUCCGAAGACGUCUCAGAUCUCUGGGCCGACGCGCAGGAUUUCAUCACCGGCACAGAUAUCACAACUAUUGAUAUCAGUACCCUCGACUUUUACGGAAAACGCCAACUCCGUCGACGUCUUCGCAAGCAUGGACUGAAGAAGCCGCCCACUGAGUCGGCCGAGGACAAGGCUAAAUGGGAUGCAUGGCAUGCAGCACGGGUGGCCAGCGAGAGGGUCCAGGAUGCUAGGGAGAUGGGGUAUGACAUUAGUGAGGAAGAUGAGAGUAUGGGAGACGAUGAGGCGGUGUGA